AUGGCAAAACAGAUAGGCCUUCUCAUUUGUCUCUUGAUCAUCGUAUUGGAUGUCGUGGCAGGUGUACUUGGCAUUGAAGCUGAGGUAGCGCAGAACAACGUGAAACAUCUAAGGCUGUGGAUAUUCGAGUGUAAAGAUUCGAGCCAUCAGGCUUUCAAGCUUGGGUUAGCUGCUGCAGUACUUCUUGCCCUCGCGCACGCCAAUGCCAACUUGUUUGGUGGCUGCAUUUGCAUUUGGAUUAUACUAGCCGUUGGAUUAUCGAUGCUGGGUGGGACAUUAGAGAACUCAAGAUCAAGAAAAUCAUGUGGGCUAUCACACCAUCGUGUUCUAUCCAAAGGAGGGAUUUUGUGCUUCCUUCAUGGACUGUUUUCAGUUGCUUACUGUGUUUAUGCCACUGCCAUUGGAGACGAUGAAAAGAGGAAUCCUCAGGGAACCCAUGUUUGA